GAGAGGAGAGGCGAAGCGAAAGGGAACGGAUAUAUAAAACCUUGACGCCAUCCCACCUUCCCCACGAUUCGAGACGGACCCGCCGCAUCACAUCUGUAGCCCAACCCGUCGCCAAGAGCCGCCUCCCAGUGAAAGUCUGCCCAACAUGAUUGCCAAACUCGCCGCCCUCGGGGCCCUCGUGGGCAUGGCUUCGGCCCAGCAGGUCGGGACCUCGCAGACCGAGACCCAUCCCAAGAUGACGUGGCAGAAGUGCAGCUCCGGCGGCUCUUGCACAAACCAGAACGGAGAGGUCACUAUCGACUCCAACUGGCGCUGGGUUCACGACAAGGGCGGCUACUCUAACUGCUACGACGGCAACAAGUGGAACGCGACCAUCUGCAAAGAUGCCAAGAGCUGUGCUGCCAACUGCGCCGUUGAUGGCGCCAACUACCCGUCGACAUACGGAGCCUCGACCAGCGGCAAUGCCUUGACGCUGAAGUUCAUCACCAAGGGUGAAUACGCUACGAACAUCGGCUCGCGCCUGUACCUGAUGGCCAGCGCGACCAAGUACCAGAUGUUCACGCUCCUUGGCAAUGAGUUCACGUUCGAUGUGGAUGUCUCGAAGCUUGGAUGCGGUCUCAACGGCGCCCUCUACUUUGUGGCCAUGGACGAGGAUGGUGGCCUGUCCAAGUACUCUGGCAAUAAGGCUGGUGCCAAGUACGGCACUGGUUACUGUGAUGCGCAGUGCCCGCGUGAUCUCAAGUUCAUCAACGGCGAGGCCAACGUUGCGAACUGGAAGGAGUCGUCCAACGACCCGAACGCCGGUGCCGGCGGCUGGGGUUCGUGCUGCACGGAGAUGGAUAUCUGGGAGGCCAACUCCAUCUCGACGGCGUAUACCCCCCACCCUUGCAACCCCAUCGGACAGCACCGCUGCAACGGCGAUGACUGCGGCGGCACCUACUCCGACACUCGCUACGCGGGCUCGUGCGACCCCGACGGCUGCGACUUCAACUCGUACCGCCAGGGUGUCAAGGACUUCUACGGCCCCGGCAUGACGGUCGACACCAAGAGCAAGAUGACGGUGGUGACGCAGUUCAUCAAGAGCGGCAGCGACCUCUCCGAGAUCAAGCGCUUCUACGUGCAGAACGGCAAGGUGAUUGCCAACUCAGAGAGCACUAUCCCCGGCAACCCGGGCAACAGCAUCACGCCCGACUUCUGCAAGUCGCAGAAGGUCGCCUUCAGCGACAAGGACAUCUUCAACCAGAUGGGCGGCUUCCCCCAGUUCAGCAAGGCCGUCGCCCAGCCCAUGGUGCUCGUCAUGUCCCUCUGGGACGACCACUUCGCCAACAUGCUGUGGCUCGACUCCACCUUCCCUGUCGACGCCAGCGCCGACGAGCCUGGCAAGGGCCGCGGAACCUGCGACACCGCCUCGGGCGUGCCCGCCGACGUGGAGAGCACCCAGGCCACUAACCAGGUCAUCUACUCCAACAUCAAGUUCGGCCCCAUCGGUUCCACCUUCAAGCAGCCCUCGUAAAGGCCCCAGCCAGUUGGGACGGCGCACUGCUGCUGCACGGCUCUGUGGCGCCCACCCGAGAAACUCUCACUAUUUGCAAUGAUGGAUCUGGGCGUUGCACAUGGCUAGCUAGGUAGGUAGGUAUAUAGGGGGUGAAAAGACAGGGGAUGCAUGAGAUUGUCUCUUUCUUGUGUGCAUGCGUGCGUGCGUGUUGUUUCGUGUAUAGCAUUAGAAGCGGAGAAACACACCCCAUGUGAUGUGUGUGUCGUGUUCUGAUAGAAAAACCUCUCGAGUUACAAAAAGGAUAUUGGCAUCAUUUUGAGUUUUUUUUGGGUGUGCUAUAAUCUAUCGCGUCGAAUGGCGGCUUUGUGUGGCUUUCUCCCC